AUGGCCAUCGCGAUUCUUGUGGAAAACGUAACAGUGUGCGCGCUUUUUGCUGUCAACAAGAAGCUCCGAAUAACUACAAACGUUUUCGUGAUUUCGUUGGCAGUUUCCGACUUGUGCGUCGCGGUGCUGUUCGUCCCUGUUUACCUCGCGACGCCAAUUGGACACGAAGCGAAUUUAUAUGUUGUGACAUUUCUGCUAUUCUCUUCGCUUUUUAACUUGUGUGGCGUGACUUACGAUCGGUACCACGCAAUUUUACAACCGCUAACCUACCACAGCGUAUUCACAUCCUUACGAAUUGCGCAUCUUCUAUUCGCAAUUUGGUUAGUACCGCUGGUUCUAAUUCUUCUUCCCCUGUCGUGGAGCGGGCAAGAUUUACAAACCAGCGUUAUGAUAAAUCGUAUCUAUCUUGGAUUCAUGGUGUCAAUCGUGUUUUCGGCCUGUGUGAUGAUCUCGAAAGUGUAUUUCAGUAUAUUCAAAGCGAUACGAAGGCAAUUAAGAAUGACAAGGCACGUCAAAGGGAUGUUUGAGCCGUCUGAACAAUCUUCUACAACAAGCAUCGAGAUAUCGAGUUGUGUCACUACGCUUUCAAGUAUUCACGCCGAGAGCGCAAGCUUGACCCGAGUGCUCACACCAGGAGAGGAAAGAGCCAGCCAAGAAUUUAACCUAACUCCACUUGGAAUCAAGACACAUAAUACUCCAUCCCAAAAAAGUCUUCGAAAAUUGAGAAAGAUACGUUUUAAGAACUAUUCGGAAAAGGUUUUCAGCGAUGUGCGCGCAGUGAAAUUAUUCGCCAUUGUUAUUCUUAUUUUUAUCAUAUGCUGGCUUCCUGCUAUUAUUAUCAAUUUUAUGAUAGCCAUCGAUAAAGUUGCCUCGAUUCCGCAUUUUAUCUUUGAUGUAUCAGUUUAUGCGUUUGUCGCAAAUGCUAUGGUCAAUCCGCUGUUGUUUACAUUUUACAAAGCGGACUAUCGCGAAGCACUCUUGCAGAUUUUUGUAUGUCGUUGCAAGUGA